CCCGGGAUAUUAAGAAAGGUUAUUAAAGAUAUUCACGUAAAUGGGUAUACUAUUCCAGAAGGCUGGACAAUCAUGCUUGUUUCUUCUGCUGUUCAUAUGUGUCCUAAAAGUUUUCCUGAUCCACAGACCUUCGAUCCAUGGAGAUGGAAUAAUAUUGGUGAUACAAAUGCACCAUCUAGAAAUUAUAUUCCAUUUGGUGGAGGGUUGAGACAUUGUGUAGGAGCAGAGUUUAGCAAGGCAGUGAUGGCUAUAUUCUUGCGUGUUUUGGUCACUAAGUUCAGUUGGAAAAAAAUAAAAGGAGGAAAUGCUUAUCGUAACCCUGCUUUAUCGUUCGGAAGAAGCGGUUUCCACGUUAAGAUCUCUGAAAAGGGUCAGAUCAAGAACUAA